AUGAUCUCCAACAAUUUCCCACCAAAUGAUUAUCAUGGAAUGGUAAUUGCCAGUGGGUCCAGGAUCAGAAAAACUCGUGCUGGAAUUGAAAUAUCUAGAAUUCUUAAGAAACAUCCAGAUUAUCAACCAUUAAUCGCGACGAAAACUUU